CCUGGCUUCUCUGUUACCAAAUUGCUCCUUGCCUGGCUGCACCUUCUGCCCUAGACUCACACCACCCUCCACUCUCCACGCCAGAGCACAUACACCACACCAGCCAUGUCUUCCAACACUCGAGUGGCUCUGGUGACUGGGGCAAACAAGGGUAUUGGCUUCGCCAUCGUGCGGGACCUGUGCCGGCAGUUCGCUGGGGACGUGGUGCUCACAGCGAGGGACGUGGCACGAGGCCAGGCAGCCGUGAAGCAACUGCAAGCCGAGGGCCUGAGCCCGCGCUUCCACCAGCUGGACAUCAUAGACCUGCAGAGCAUCCGUGCCCUGUGUGACUUCCUGCGGAAGGAGUAUGGUGGGCUGGAUGUGCUGGUCAACAACGCGGCCAUCGCCUUCCAGUUGGACAAUCCCACACCGUUUCAUAUUCAGGCAGAACUGACUAUGAAAACAAACUUCAUGGGAACCCGAAAUGUGUGCACAGAGCUUCUGCCUCUAAUAAAACCUCAAGGCAGAGUGGUGAAUGUGUCUAGCACUGAAGGUGUCAGAGCCCUUAACGAGUGCAGCCCUGAAUUGCAGCAGAAGUUCAAGAGUGAGACCAUCACAGAGGAGGAGCUGGUGGGGCUCAUGAACAAGUUUGUGGAAGACACAAAGAACGGGGUGCACAGGAAGGAGGGAUGGAGUGAUUCGACCUACGGAGUGACAAAAAUUGGGGUCUCUGUGUUGUCCAGGAUCUAUGCCAGGAAACUGAGAGAGCAGAGAGCAGGGGACAAGAUCCUCCUGAAUGCCUGCUGCCCAGGGUGGGUGAGAACUGACAUGGGGGGACCCAAAGCCCCCAAGAGCCCAGAGGUAGGAGCAGAGACCCCCGUGUACUUGGCCCUUUUGCCCUCAGAUGCAGAGGGGCCUCAUGGUCAGUUUGUUACUGACAAAAAAGUUGUAGAAUGGGGUGUUCCCCCUGAGAGCUACCCCUGGGUCAAUGCAUAAUUUGUGUCCUGAUUUCACCAAAAGGAUACUUACACUAUCAAAAAUAUUCCUGUGCAAAAAAACAAAAAACAAAAACAAAAAAAAAACAGCUUUGUAGAAGAAUCCAAAUAUCUCUCUAUUAAGUCCCCACUGGGAGACGGCUGCUUAUUCUGUGAAGGCUUUUGUGAUUUCCUCUAUUAUCCCAGGGAGGGAAAAUGGAAUGGAUUCCAAAUGAUGAAUAAAAAUGAAGAGAGGAAUAAAUGUUUCUUUUUAA